AUGGAUAAUAAUAGUAAUAAUAGUAAUAAUAGUAAUCAAAAUGUUGAACAUAUAAUAGUAUUACCAACAGAUGAAAAUUCAAGAAAGGUAUUUGAGUUUAGUAGGUUAAUGUUGAUUGACUUGCAUAGAAUCGAUGAGCUUGUCAAUGCAUCAGAUGUUGUAAGUGAAUUGGAGAUUGUCAUGUUUUCAAGACGUAUGACUUCAAGAUGCUCUGAAUUAUCUUCAUUUGAGAUAAAGUCGACCACAAAUGCAACUACUUCUACAACAACGACAACAUGUGAAACAUUUGGUAUAAUUAGACAACAUGGUGAAAAAGAACAAUUCAAUCAGAUAAAGGUGAUUAUUGAUAUCAUUGGAUCGAUGAUUACAUGUAUAAAACAAUACAACCAAGUCGCUAAAAAGGGGUCACCACUCCAUGAACUACUCAUUCCAAAGGGUGAAUAUUGGAAUAGACGAAAGGACUUGAUCGAGUCAUGGAAGAAUUUGGUCUUAUUGAUUUGUGAAAUCACCUGGAAACCACCUCCAAGACAACCACUUGUCACUCCUAUCAAUCUUUCUUCCCUCAAUCAACAAGUAGUAGAUUCUCCAACUUCAUCAUCAUCUUCAUCUUCAUCAUCAUCGCCAUCAACAUCACCAGUAAAGUCACCUCCAACAUCACCCAAUGGACAACAACAAUCUACAGGACGACGUAGAUCAUCAGUUUCAGAUCGUCCACCACAAAAUAUCGUUAGAAUUGGUGGUAGCAGUAGUUCGAGUAGUAGUAGUUUAAGUGGUGGAAAUGGUACCGAGGAAGUGGCCAAUAUUAAACCAGAGUUAUUAGAGUUGUUUGAUGUCAUAUACCAUAUAAACUUUUCAUUAUUCAAUCUAUUGUGGCAUUUAUUAAACUAUCAAAGAAUAUUGGCAAAUAAAUUAAUUAAUCCAACAACUACCACGACUACUACUCCAUCAACUACUCCAACAUCAUCAACAACUACAGUAUCAACUCCACCAAAAGGAGCACAAUAUAUUAGCCAAACUAAAAGUAUCACAUUGCCAUCACUCGUUUCCAAAUUGGUCGAUUUAUUGGCCAUCCUUUCACUCUACAUUGGAACUCCACAAUUCCAAUCGGUUAUUAAUAGUUUAACAAGUUUAUCAAAUAGUGAACUUAUUGAACAUGUACGAGACAGUUUAUCAUUAUUACAAUGUUUACCAUUUAAAGUUAAAGGUCAAUCAUAUAUGAGUUUGAUAUCAGGAAAAGCAGCAGGUGUACCUAAAAAUAGUAGUAAAGAAAAUAGUAGUAGCAAUAGUAAUAAGGAAUCAACGACAACGACGACGGGAUCGGCGAUGAGUGGAUCUCAACUAUCAUCUUCACCACCCAAAUCAUCUUCAACGACGACAACAACAACGACUCAAUCGAGGAAUUUCUUUAGUUCGAUCAUUAAACCAUCGACAAAGAUUACAAAGCAUCAGAGACACAAGUCGACGAGUAACGAGGAAAAAGAAAAGGAGAGUACAAACAGCGUUGGUAGUAACAGUAGUAUUGGUAGCAAUGGUAGUAAUAGUUUUGUGAUCAAGAGUGAUGAAGAGGAUUAUAGCAACUCUCAUAAACAUAAACGUCAACCUAGUACUGGUACCACCGCCUCGACAACGACCACUACAACUACAGGAUUAACACCAGAUACACAGGUUACUCAAGACUGUCCUCCAAAUGAUAAAUGGAAGAUUCAAAGAAAACCAAGUGGCAACGAGAUGACCAGUAGUGCUAUCACAUCUGAUGAUGAGUCUGGAUCAAGUAAUAUAAGCAUUGCUUCUGGAGGUGGUGGUGGUGGAGAUAGAAUAACAAGAAGUAAUAGUACUAUAUUUAAAGAGACAUCAUUAUCUCCUGUUAAAUUUGAAGUACCUCCUAUUUUUGUAUUAGAUACAUCAAAUAAUCAAAAUAAUAAUCAAAAUAAUAAUAAUAAUAUUGUAAAUACUAAUAAUAAUACUAAUAAUAAUAAUAAUGUACAAAAUAAUAAUAAUAAUAAUAAUAAUAAUAAUCCCACAUCUCCUACUUCUACUGCUUCUACAACAACUACUUCUACACCAGUAUUAUCACCACCAACAUCACCAACAACACCAAUCAAAGAAUCAAAGAAAAAGGUUGGAUUAAAUAUAUUCUCCAAACACUUGAAAACCGUUAAACAAACCGAUGAACAAAAACAAAGAAAUAGCUUUAGUCAAUUCUGGCUUGACAAGUCCACUCAUCAAGAUCGUAUUGAUAAGCUUCCAUCCGAUGAUAAACAAAGACUUCAAAUCACAAGUCUUGGUAGUUAUGUUUCAAAUCUUGUCAUUAAAGAUCUCUUGGCUUCCCCAAAUCCAAUUCAACCUCCCCAUAGUGAAAAUUUCCAAAGUUGUGUAUUAUUUGCAGAUAUUUCUGGAUUUACAGCAUUGACAGAAAGAUUAAGUCAUCAUGGUCAAGAGGGUGUAGAAUUAUUGACAAAGAAUUUAAAUCGUUAUUUUGAAAGUCUAAUCAAGAUUGUAAAAGAUUUUGGUGGCGAUAUUGUAAAGUUUGCAGGUGAUGCAGUUUUGUGUCACUGGCCAACCUAUGGAGAGUUGGUGAAUCGUGUACGAACAGCAUGCGAGUGUGCAUUGACACUACAAAAGAAAUUACACAACUUUCCAGUACCAGGUGGCUUUUUGACGUUGCAUAUUGGUAUUGGAUGUGGUGAUUUGACCGGUCUCUAUGUAGGUGGAGUCAAUCAAAAGGUAGAGUUUUUGAUUGCCGGUGAGGCACUCCACGAGGCGGCCUCUUGUGAAAAGGAGGCAGAGUCGGGAGAAAUCUACAUUUCACAAGCGUGUUAUGACGCUGUCAAGCCAUUCUCAUCGUGCGUGCAGAAAAAGACGCGAGUCAACGUUCGAUUGGACAAUAUGACCUUUAUGGACAAGAACAGCAACAAAAAGGCGCCGGUUGACCAGUUCAACAUUGUCGACCGUCGUGCCAUACUGCAACUGCCCUUGUUGAUGGAUAUGGAGGAGUCGCUGCAGCGAUUCGUCCCCAACGCAGUACUCAAUCAACUGCGUCACGGUAGUUAUCUCGCCGAGCUACGUUACAUCACGGUCAUCUUUGUCAAUUUGUCAUACGGAGAGAUUCCCGAUCCCACCAAAGACGCCAAAAAGUUACAGGAAAUUGUCAGUGAGAUCCAGACGAUCGUGUAUCGGUACGAAGGUACUGUGCGUCAGUUUAUCGUCGAUGACAAGGGGUGUGUGUUGAUUGCUGCUUGGGGUGUCCCACCACUCUCUCAUGAAGACGAUCCUAGUCGUGCGGUAGAAGCAGCCAUGGAGAUUGUCGUUGGGUUGUUCAAGCUCAAGGUGAUUAGCACGGUUGGUGUGACGACUGGAAAGUGUUUUUGCGGUGAUGUUGGAAGUGACGAGCGUCGAGAGUAUGCCGUCGUCGGUGAUAUUGUCAAUCUGUCGGCACGACUCAUGUCGCAUGGCCAGGGAGGUGUACUCGUCGAUGAGGAAACAUCCAAGCUUGCGUCGCGCAAGAUCGAGUUUGUCAAGCUCAGUGACCCCAUCAAGGUCAAGGGCAAACAGACCAGCGUCAACGUGUUCAAACCCAUCAAGCGUCAUACACACGAGUCAUCCAACAACAGUCCGCGUCCAGGCGCGUCAACACGAUCUGCGCAGCCUGUCAUCAACCGUGGUAUCGUCGGCGGGCUCGACCUGCACCAACAACAGCAGACCGCGGCCAUCAAGCACAAGGGCAUUAUCGGGCGUCACGGCCAACUACGCCAAAUGGCCCAUCUUGUAGACUGCCUUCGCACCGAAGAAGAAGGUGACGGCACCAAGAUUGUCUUUAUCGAAGCCGAAGCAGGUCUCGGGAAAAGUCGAUUCAUUCACGAAGUAAAGUACUCGUUUGCAAUGGGUAUCCGUAUCUUUAAAACAACUGGUCUUCAAAUGAACGAGAGUGUACCAUUCUAUGUAUGGCGUCAGAUUCUUGGUGAAUACUUGCGUGAAGAGCAAGCAACCAACUUUAAAAGCUUGCUUGAACUUGGUCCACACGUCAACUUGCUCAAUCCCAUCCUCGACCUCAACUUUUCCAUCUCAACCAACCGUCGUUACUCUGCGCCACAGCGUCAAGAGACUCUGCAAAUGCUUAUGCUUAGACUCGUCCAAAUGGCAGUACCGCGUGGAUCCAUCAUCAUUAUCGACGAUGCUCAUCACAUGGAUAGCGCGAGUUGGACACUUACCCUAAACCUGUGUCGUCAACUUGAAAACUGUCUCAUCAUAGUUGCAUUGCGUCCACUCAAGGAAGGUAUCCCACACGGGUUCUCUCAUCUUGACAAUGUCGAGUUUAUCCAACUUGAACCACUCCAAACUCGUGAGGAAGUUCAACUGCUAUUAGAGCAAAUGUUAAACGUUCGAAAUAGUCCAUCCUAUGAAUUGCCAGACGAGAUUGUAGACGAGAUAUUUAAUCGGUCACAAGGUAACCACUUUGUCAUUGAGGAAAUGGUCAAUGGACUCAAACACAGUGGUUAUAUUGAUGAAAAGACAGGUGAAUUCAACUCUAAACACGAAGCUAUUGAGCAGGUGCGUGUCAACAUUCCACGUACAGUCACAUCGCUCAUUACCAGUAGAGUUGAUCGUCUCUCGACAGCACAGCAGUUGGUACUCAAAGUUGCAUCAGUCAUGGGUACACCUUUUACAGUUGACUCGUUGUUCAAGAUAUUACCAACAUCCGAAACCUCGACCCGAUCAGAGCUCACCAAUGACCUUAUCAUCCUUGAACGUUUACACUUUAUCAAGAGUAAAAAAGAUCAAAAUGGCAGCAGUGGCACCAAUACCCCAUCACCCAAACAAUCCAAUCAUCACAAUUAUCUUAGAUCACGUUCAAGUAUUGUAACAUCUCCUUCUUCUCUUUCACCUUUAUCUUCUCCCUAUUAUAAUAAUAAUAACAGUAGUAUGUCUCCACCACAACCAGUUAUAGUUCAAUCACCUCUAAAUUUGUCACUUGAUAAUUCCAAUCAAUCUACACCACCGGCAUUAUCAUCACCUGGAUUGGUACCAAUUUCAACAGAGGUAUUGUAUUCAUUUGUACAUACACGUACACAAGAAGUUAUCUAUGACCUCAUGCUCUUUUCUCAGCGUAGAGAGUUGCAUCACAAGAUUGCCAAGAUUCUCGAGAUUACAUGUACCCCACAAAACUCACUCUACAUCUCUCUGGUCAACCAUUACCACGCUGCCCAAGACUACUCCAAGACGGUAGAGUAUGCCACCAAAGCCGGUCAAAAUGCCCUCUCUGACAAUAACAACAAAGAAGCUGUUAAAUUCUUCCAAUUGGCAUUGAAAUGCAUGGAGCUAGAACAACAACAAGAGGAAGAGGUAAAGGCAAUGAAAAAGUUGAAUCGUCGUAGUUCAACCAAUACAUUUAUCACUCAACCUACCAAUCUUACUACUUCUGUCGGGUCUCCUCCAGGUGGUAGUGGUAGUACAUCGUCGUCGUCGUCAUCAUCGUCAUCAUCACCAACUCUAAAACGUAUACCAUUUGAAAUGAUAUCAAUUACAAGAAAACUUGGGUUGGCAUUGUAUAAUAUGGGAUUGUUAUUGUCUGCUAUGCAACAAUUCCUUGCUGUACUCAAACACCUUGGUAUAGAGUUGCCACCAGUGUUGGCUAAAGGUCCAACACAACUAUUUGACGCGACUACUGGUGCUCCAAUGGGCCCACCAUCUAUGGGUGCCGCUGCACCAGACAAACGACACCGUCUACUAAAGUCUCCACAACGCCAAGAUUCACUCACUAAGUUUGUGACCAACAACCUCGAUGCCAUGGAGAAACGUGAGGCACUGCUGUCGCUGGUGGUACUGUCCAAGAUCUUUUUGCACGACUGUCAAAAGCAGAGUAGCAGCUGGUGCUCGUUCCUUGCCAACCAGUUGGCAGCCGACUCAUGGAGUCUGCAGAGUGAGGCGUACUCGAUUGGCAUCCGUGUGCUCGGUGUCAAUGGAGAUAAUACAACGCCGCUAAAGUACUAUGCGGCUGUACUCAGUCGUUCAGGCGAGACUAAUGGCUACGUGUAUGGAAAUUCGCAUCAAGCAUGGGGUAUAUACAUGUCGGGCACGGGUCAGUGGUCCGAAGCAGAGUCGGGAUACCAGACGGCAACCGCGUCGGCUGGCAAGAUGGGCGACAAAAAGUUGGUCGAGGAGAGCGGUGUUUUCCUCGGCGCAUGUCUCUAUCUCAUGGGACAGAGCCAGGCUGCACUCUCACUUGCACUAAAGUCACUCGACGCUGCACGUACACGUGAGGAUGUCCAGAUACAGAUGAUGGCAUUGCUCGUAGCCGGUGACGCCCGCGUGCGUAUGGGUGAGGUCAAGGCUGCUGAAGACACGUUGCGCGAGAUUGAACAGCUCGUGCAGGCAAUUGGCAUGGCCGAGCAGACUUCUGGCACCUACAUCCACUACCUCUCGCUCAAGGCACAGUUCCAAAGUGUCCUCAAAAAUGACCAUUCACAAGCCUACGACUCUGCACGAAAGGCACUCUCUGCCCUGGCACGUUGUGACACAAACAACUUUUCCGUCUACGAGUCGUAUGCCUCCCUCUCGAUGAUCAUUAUCCGUGUGUUCCAGAGUCUGCAAAACCACCCCAUGUCACGUACCCAAACCUACCAACAACAACGUGCCAAGAUGAUCACUGAAAUCACCGAGGCACAGCAACACCUCGAGCGCUUCACCGACACGUUCCCCAUCGGUCAACCCCGUCUCUUGCUCCUCAAAGGUCUCAUUGGCAUCGUCGUCCACAACAAUAUCAAUGGCUCUGAAAACUAUUUCAAGGAAUCAAAGGAAAAAGCAAUCAAAUUGGGUAUGGUAUUUGAAGAGGAACUAGCCACCUAUCAUUAUAAUUCAUUUUAUUCUGAAAGUGAUCCGUUCCCUGUAAAUGUAACUACUAUUCAACCUUCAAUUCAAUUAUUACAACAACAACAACAACAACAGAAUAAUCAAACAACAACAACAACAACUAAAUCAGUUACACCUUCAUCUCCUCCUCAAAUUAUUAAAAAAGUUUAG